UACAGAGCACCAGACAUGGGAAAGAUCAUCUUCUACGAGGACAGAAACUUCCAGGGGCGUUACUAUGAGUGCAGCAGUGACCACCCCAACCUUCAGUCUUACUUCAGCCGUUGCAACUCUGUGCGAGUCGAUAGUGGGAGCUGGAUGAUCUAUGAGCACCCCAAUUACUCAGGCUGCCAGUACUACCUGCGGAGGGGCGAGUAUCCAGACUAUCGAGAGUGGAUGGGCUUCAACGACUCCAUCAGAUCCUGCCGCAUGAUUCCUCAAAUGGCCAGUUCUCACAGGAUGAGGCUGUACGAGAGAGAUAACUACAGAGGCUUAAUAGCAGAGCUCACUGACGACUGCCAUUGCAUCCAGGAUCGAUUCCAUCGGAAUGAAAUCUACUCCCUCAAUGUGAUGGAGGGCUGCUGGAUCCUCUAUGAAAUGCCCAACUACAGAGGGAGACAGUACUUGCUGAGACCAGGAGAGUACAGGAGCUACCAAGACUGGGGAGGCAUGAAUGCCAGAGUGGGCUCAUUCAGAAGAGUUGUUGAUUUUUGUUGA